CUACAAGAGCCGAGAGAAAGCCCACGAUUGUGGGGGGGUGAGUGGAUGGGAGUGAUGGGAGUGGCGGUAUGUACAGUGGAUGAGUGUUGGAGCGACACGGAGGCGAGCUGCUCGCCUCCAGCCGCCUCGCCUGCCAGUCGCCCGCGACAGCUCCGAAGGGGAUGCCGACGACGGCAUCGAUCCGCCGCACUGGAUGCCCGACUGGCUGGUGGUGGAGGACGCCUCGGACGCCGCGGCCUGGUGUGAUGGCGGGGGAGUGCCGCGAAGACCAAACAGACUGGACACGGGAUCUGAUCAGCAGACAAACCAAUGCAUUUCCCAUCAUGUGUGUGUGGAUUUCAUCCUUCCUUGGUCUGCUUACUUAGCAUUUUGCUGAGCAU